AUGGCAAACCCGGCUCUUACAUCGCAUCACGUUAAUUACCUGAUAUGGAGGUACCUUCAAGAAUCAGGUCAUGGCGAAGCUGCUGUGACACUUCAACGCGCUUGGAAUCGUGAUCCGCAGACUUUACCUUUUGCUCCCUAUAUUCGGACUCACGCGCUAGUGUCUCUCGUCCAGAAGGGCCUCCAGUACCACGAACUUGAACAGUCACUCGACAAGGAGGGGAAUACUGUCCCUUAUGAGCCUUCAGAUUACUUUUUUGGGCCGAAGCCAUUUGAUCCAGAGCAGCAACCGCAGGGCCCAAGCGAGGCCAGCGUUCGCGCAGACCAACUGCCAGUCUCGCCGACAGGCAAGAUUGCGCAAGAUGGGGUCGUGACCAAUGGUCACUCGACGGCCGAACUUGCCGCGCCGCAGAAUGUCACGAUAUCGCGCAAAGAUGAUCGCGCGGAGGCUAAUGGAGACGAGGCCGCUAUGGAUGUGGAUUCUACGAAUGGCAUCCCGACUGAGAGCAAACCAGAUAUUACAGAAUCACCAUCGCAAGGAGAGACAGCGACAUUGGAUGGCGACGGGGAUGUGAACAUGGGGAUCCGACCGGCUUUACAGGACCAGGAACCAACCGCGGCACCGACUUUUACCCUGACGGAUGGACAGAGUGUUGGCGUCCAGAUCACCCCCGCCAAGGCCGCCGACCUCAGCCCGGACACCGCCAUAAUCGAUGUGGCUGGUGAAGACCACGUGACCACAACCAUUUGGCGACCGCAGGACCCUACAGUUGUUGUUGCGGCUGGUGACACCUUCUGCAACCUAUACAAAUUGUCUUCGGGCGCUGAACCGGUUCAGGAGAAACUAGUUGAAAAUAAAGGCGACAAUGUAUUGGUUUCAGCGGUAGCUUGGGACCCUCUAGGCCAGAAAUUGGCUGUUGCUACUUACAAUGACAUGCGAGGCUCCAUCACCAUGUACGACGUGGCUGGAAACGCUGUGGACCUAUUGCCAGAAGUUCCACGAAUGAUAUCUGGUUUAAAAUGGGCGGAAAGUGGCUCUCAGUUGAUUCUUGUUGCGUCGGAUAGCAAAAUGUCAGAGCUGGUUCUCUGGGACGACUCAUUACGGCCGGAAGAAUUUCCUCCCCCUCAAAUAGUCGACGACUCAGUCUUUGACGUCAGCUGGCUAGGUCGCACCCAGGCUUUUGCGUGCGGUGGCAUGUCAGUUUACCAAUGCGACGUCGAUUCAAGCAUUCAUCUCUCAAAGACCUUCUCUGGCGGCGACCCUGAGCAGCCAUGGACCUUCAUUCGUUGCGCAAACCCCGGUCCAUCGCCUGUUGCUGUGGCAGCGUCUUCUUCUAGUGCUUCACUCUGGGUUCCAACUCACGAUAUUCGCCUGGACGACGCUCACGAUGGUCAUAUCACCGCCAUCCAGCUUAAACCCAACCCGUCCGAACAGCCGAACCAAUCAUUAAUACUUGCGUCGUCCUCCACAGACGAUACAAUAAAGCUGUGGCACAUUGACCUCGAAUCCCGAAGCUUCGAAUGCAUACACCGCUUGUCACUCGGUCAGUCAUUGCCCGUUCUAGCCGGCUGCUUCUCACCUGAUGGAUAUGCUGUUGCUGCCGCCAGCAAAGACAGCUUGGCCAUAUGGAAUGCCCAGCGCGGAGGCCCUGCGAUGGCUACGUGGAAAUCUUCAAGUGCAGAACACAAGGAUUCAAAGGAAGAGGAGGGCCCUACCGUCAAUGGACACAACGGAACGUUAGAAGACGCGCAGGACCGCUCGCUAACAUGGGAUACUGAUGGGAAGAAGUUGGCAUUUGGGUUUGGUAACCAGUUGGCAAUCAUAAACCUGCAACGGUGA